AUGGCUGCGAUGACAACUUCCAAGAAGCGCAAGCGCGAGUUAGACGACACUCAAAGGGUGUCCUUUGCGCUCUCAGACCAGCCUGCAACGCAGCUGGGUCCUGUUCUUGCUAAUUUCCCCUCCGUCAAGCCUACAAAAUCCACUUCUUUCAAAUGUUACAAGGCACAAACACAAAAGCCGGCGACGGACAAUGAGGAAAUGCCGUUUGUUGAGAUCCCGAUGUUGAUUGCGGGCGAGACAGAAGCCGUGGAUUUUUACUCCUCUGAAGAAACACGACGGGGUUCACUGGGCAGCAGAUACCUUGUCGGAAUUCAUAAUAAACGCACUGGCAUCACCACCCUUCGAGCUGCUCCGUUGCACAUCCUCACACACGAAGUUAAAGCCCUAAAGGGUCUUCAACCUGCUGCUGUCUCUACUCUUCAGCGGCUUGAGGCUCGCGCGGCACUUGGCGAAACGUUCGGAACCAAAAAGGCGAAACUGGCCAUCCGCGCGCAAGAGCGCAACAAAGUCGAUGUUUCUGCGAUGGAGGGUGUUGCAGAUCACCUCCAAGAGAGUAUUCUGAAGAACACAUCUACACUACCAUCGAAAGAGGAAGCAAAAGCGAACGCAGACAGCACUCGUUUAGUUCCACAGUACGACAUCGAUGCUCUCAAUCCAAGCGACAUUUAUCCCUUGCACAACAUGAUUCCCAAGCCUGAAUGGAAGGCACUGUCCAUUUCUGCUUACAUGAGUGCAGGCGGUGGAGCGGAGCGGGUCGCUCUUCUGCCUUUUAAGCGUUCCAACUGGAUCAAUGACCAUUUGGCGCUUGCAUUUACCUCUCCCUCGCCAAACAAGACCACUAUAAAAAUGCUCAUAUACAUCUCGACAAUGGUCGCCUUCCACAAGGCCACCUUCAAAGAUAUCAACAAGGACGCCAUUCAACAAAAAUUGUCGAUGGUUCCUAGCGUCGUUAUUGACGGGCUUCUAUCACGGUUCACAGAGACCGCACGUGGGUCCAUGGAGGCACGAAGGACAUCUGAAAAAGGGACCAUGCUUCUGACGCACAUGUUUGCACUAUGCCUUCACGUCGAUGAUUUUGCGACCGACACAAGCGUUCUCGCCGCUGAUUUAAGCAUGGAACCAGCUAAAGUCAAUACGUUAUUCAGGUCUCUAGGUUGCAAAAUCAACAAGCUAACACAGUCCGACUUGAAGCGUUUGGGUCUGCCCGAUUCUGCGGGAGAAAUCAAAAGGGCCAUUCUAAAGACACCUCUAGAGUUCCCCAAAUCCCGGAUAAGACGGCGGACGUAA